UUUCGAUUCCCUCGAGAAAAUCAAGGAUACAGCGUAGAAUCCACAGCGUCCAAGAUCCUAGCCCUAGCUGCAUUUAAAAUUCUAUAGCACCCUCCCGGAUAUGCUUAACAUGACUAUCGAUGCAAUCAGCCGGAAUGGCGGCGGACCUUUGGUGGAGAACACGAGGGCUGCAGGAGGUUCAUGGUACACCUACACCGUACUUAGCAGCAGUGUCUUGGAAGCGAGCAAUGAGAACAAUCCCACGCAGUGGGAAGAACCAAAUCUCCAGUGUAUCUUUGACAAUAUUCCCUCUUACAAUCUUCCUCGUUGCCGUGGCCGAGUUAGCAGAGCGUUCUACUUGCCAAUGUAUCACUGCUCCAAUGCGUCAGCUCAUUCUUCAAUGCCUCCCCCCUACUAAAGUGACCAAGCUAUGGCAUACAGAGAACUAUGUAGAGAACACUCGUGAUUGUCUAUUGCGGCCAGGGGCAUUGGGAAAGUUUCCGGUUUCGUGCUGUGAUCCCACACCUUGUAACUCAUUGGGAAGCAUGGUUGGAGCAAUGGGUGCAUGGAGGAACAGAUCUUAUGAAACAAGUAGCCAAGGUAAGCUCUAUCCUGUAGAGUAA